AUGAUGCGAACUUCGCUGCUGCGCGCUACCCGGGCUGCCGCUCCCUCGGCACGCCUCGCCAUGGUCCAGAGGGCCGCCGCCUCGACGCACGCCAUCUCCAAGCCCACCCUGGCCAACAUUGAGAAGCGAUGGGAGGACCUGCCUAGCACCGAGCAGGCCGAGCUCUGGAUGGCUCUGAGGGAUCGCAUGAAGGAGAACUGGGCCGAGCUUACCGUUCAGGAGAAGAAGGCCGCAUACUGGAUCGCUUUCGGUCCCCACGGUCCCCGUGCCCAGGCUCCUGCCGAUGAGGGCCGCAAGGUCGCCCUCUACGUCGCCAUCGGUGUUGGUGUUUCGUUUGCCGUCUUUGCUACCAUGCGCAUGUUCGCCAAGCCCGCCCCGUCCACCAUGACCAAGGAGUACCAGGAGGCCUCGAACGAGUUCGUCAAGGCCCAACGCGCAGAACCCCUUACCGGUAUCUCCUCGCCCGGCUACGAGGGCAAGGGUAUGGUUCAGUCGCCGCCCAAGCACUAA